AUGGAGCAAGGCCGAGGCGAAGCUGCCGUCGCGGAAGGAGAUCUGGAGAGGACGGGCGCGGAGACCGUGGCGGAUGCCGUGCAGGCCCUCGUCGGCGGUGCGGGUGGAGGAGGUGCUGCAUCCCCAUGCGUUGGAUCGGUCGCUGCGGCGGCGGAUGUGGAGGAGAAGAAGGUGGCCGUGGAGGACUCCGCCGUGCCGGAGCUUGGCGUGACGGCGUCGAGCGGCCCAUCUCAUGGACCUGCGGAGGCCGGCGGGGAGCACGUGGACCUGCAGAAUGAGGAAGCUGCUGGCAACAAGAGGAAGCUGGACAUCGCUGGGUUCAACGACCCGUCUGAUUCUGACGACGACGAGGAGUACAACUCUGGAGAUGAGGUGGAAGAGUGGAACCACAAGUCCUUCAUUGAGCAUGAAGCCAACAAGAUCAGGGAGAAGGGGAAGGUGGCGUACUACAAGUGGGGCAAGUUCAGGUGCCCAUACUGCACCACUAAGCCAAUUCCCAAGGAUGGGCUGUAUGAGCACCUUAUGUCGCAUGCACGCGGUUUAAAGACGAGUGGGAGCGACGUGAAGAUCAGGGCAGAGCAUGCAGCCCUCCUGAAGGCUAUGGGUCCCAUCUAGUCACCCUCUGUGAAGCUGGUAGUGGUACUA